GCCUCAUCCGUCACCUUGAUCCAAGCAUCGCGUCCCCUCGUCGUCGUCCGCCUCCACGAGCUCAUACAGUACCCACAUCUCAACACUCACUGCAAAAACCUGGGACCUGAAACAAUGACUCGCAGCUCACCAACUGGCAUUCCGUCUCUUGCCGUCCAUCUAUCCCACUCCAGCAAUGCACCCGUCUCUUCCACCCCGUCCACGUCCAUGGACACGGUGAACCCGUCUACAACGUCAAUGUUCCGUCGCCUCAUCUUCUUGGUCAAUUCAUUGUCUCCGCUCCAAUAGCUUCGUGCUCCCCGGUUACUGCUCUCCGGAUUCUGAUUACACGUACUCCCAUCAACGCGUGCUUAUGACCUAAGACACGGUCACUCCCUUUACAGACUCGAAAUGGUCUCUAGAUACGGGCGGAGUACUCCUUUCCCCUCUGCAAGGCACAUUCUAGACAUGACCGCAAUUUUGAUGGCUGGCCGGAUGGCUGAGCGGCCUAGCGCUUUUGGCCUUGUUCCUUAUAUGUGCACUUUCGUGACUUUGCAGCUUGUCAUCCGUCCUCAAACGCCUCUUGGACGUUCGAUCAGAGCAUCUCUCACUCUCUCGAGUCCCCAGCUGGCAUCUGUUCUGCGACGGUCUUGUUCCGACUCUCCGCUUACAUUUGACAGUACCAUCACAACUAGUGCAGCCUCAACAACCAUCUAUACCUCCACCACACGGUUAAUAACAACAGAGACAAUCACCAAGACAGCAACUACUACUGCCCCAGCACUCCGACCAAGAGCCGCCAACAUUGCCGCUGUUGCCGAGGACAUCAUUGAAUCUGUCAUUGCCAGCGGCACUACGGACGGAGUAUCGAGCUCAAAGAACUCGCAACGUGUUCAGGCCGAAUCAGGGCUCGCGAAUGCAUGUUCUUGCAAAAUGGUGCAGCCAACAGAAACUGUGACUAGUUCGUUCGCUCUGCCUCCUGUUACUACAACCGUGGGUUUCAGGAGGGUCAUCAUAGCAAGUAAAACUGAUACUAGGGUGUUCACAGCCGUUGCAACCGUAACCAUCACAGAAGGUGACACCGCGGCCUCUAGCACAUCAUUGUCGUGGAGUCAGUCCGCUCUUAACGUGUCCAGCACAGAUUCAUCGACCAGCUCAGUCCUCUCAACCAGCGAUAUCAUCGAGACUGGCACUGCCGAUGUUGGAACGCCCACUACCACACUUUUCUCACGAUCGGUUCUGCCCACAAGUGGCUCUUUGAACUCCUCCCUCCCUGUGGUUACUGCGCUCCCAUUCAGCUGCCCGGGCGAUGCCAAUAAGCGCGUUGAUCAAAUUGUAGGCGGUGUCAAACUCGACUACCUGGUACUUUGCAACACAGAGCUCGUCACCGAAGACCGAGUAGGUAAACCGAUUGCUGUUGAAAGCGAAACGUCAUGCACUGCCCAGUGCUCACUUGUUAAUGCCCAAAGCGGCCAAGAUACAUGCCAGGGGGCCUCUUUCACACCCUAUACCGAUGGUCGCCGAGGCGGAACCUGUACUCUCAGCGGUUCAGAUGCCGUAUAUGUCGACAAGCCAGGCUCCGUUGCUAUU